AUGUCCUCUUCCUCCCCCACCGGGCAGAUCGCAAGUGCGGCGGACAUCAAGCAGGAGAAUGGGAUGGAAAGCGCCUCGGAAGGGCAGGAGGCGCCCCGAGAAGUGGCGGGGGGCGCGGCGGCGGCGGCGGGGCUGAGCCCCCCGGCUCCAGCCCCUUUCCCCCUGGAGCCGGGGGACGCCGCGGCCGCCGCCGCCAGGGUGAGCGGAGAGGAAGGGGCAGCGGCGGCCGCGGCGGCGGAUCAGGUACAACUCCACUCGGAACUUCUGGGCAGGCACCACCACGCCGCGGCCGCCGUCGCCGCCGCCGCCGCGCAGACCCCACUGGCCUUCUCGCCCGACCAUGUCGCCUGCGUGUGCGAGGCGCUGCAGCAGGGGGGCAACCUGGACCGCCUGGCCCGGUUCCUGUGGUCCCUGCCCCAGAGCGACCUGCUACGUGGCAAUGAGAGCCUGCUGAAGGCGCGGGCGCUGGUGGCCUUCCACCAGGGCAUCUACCCCGAGCUCUACAGCAUCCUCGAGAGCCACAGCUUCGAGUCGGCUAACCACCCGCUGCUGCAGCAGCUCUGGUACAAGGCGCGCUACACCGAGGCCGAGCGAGCCCGCGGCCGGCCACUGGGCGCCGUGGACAAGUACCGGCUGCGCAGGAAAUUCCCCCUGCCCCGCACCAUCUGGGACGGCGAGGAGACGGUGUAUUGUUUCAAGGAGAAGUCGCGCAACGCGCUCAAGGAGCUCUACAAGCAGAAUCGCUACCCUUCGCCCGCCGAGAAGCGGCACCUGGCCAAGAUCACCGGCCUCUCCCUCACCCAGGUCAGCAACUGGUUCAAGAACCGCCGGCAGCGCGAUCGGAACCCCUCAGAGACCCAGUCCAAAAGUGAGUCAGAUGGCAAUCCCAGCACUGAAGAUGAAUCCAGCAAGGGCCAUGAGGACUUGUCUCCUCAUCCACUCUCCAGUUCAUCGGAUAGUGUCACCAACCUCAGCCUUUCCAGUCACAUGGAGCCAGUAUAUAUGCAGCAAAUUGGAAAUGCUAAGAUAUCAUUAAGCUCUUCUGGAGUUUUGUUGAAUGGAAGCUUGGUACCAAGUACUUCACCUGUCUUUCUUAAUGGUAAUUCUUUCAUUCAGGGACCCAAUGGAGUUAUCCUUAAUGGAUUAAAUGUGGGAAAUACACAGACAGUGUCACUGAACCCACCAAAGAUUGCAUCAAACAUUGUGAGCAAUGGUAUAUCCAUGAGUGACAUACUGGGGUCUACCUCCCAGGAUGUGAAGGAAUUCAAAGUCCUCCAGAGUUCUUCAGCUAACUCCGCAGCCACCACUUCCUACAGCCCCAGUGCCCCUGUGUCAUUCCCAGGGCUGAUACCCAGCACUGAGGUAAAAAGAGAAGGCAUUCAAACAGUGGCUUCCCAAGAUGGAGGCUCUGUGGUGACUUUUACUACACCAGUGCAAAUUAACCAGUAUGGCAUUGUCCAGAUCCCCAAUUCCGGAGCAAAUAGCCAGUUCCUUAAUGGGAGCAUUGGAUUCUCUCCACUGCAGCUGCCUUCUGUUUCAGUAGCAGCUUCACAAGGCAACAUUUCAGUAAAUUCAAGCACUUCAGAUGGGAGCACAUUUACAAGUGAGUCCACCACAGUCCAGCAAGGAAAGGUUUUCUUGAGCUCUCUUGCUCCCAGUGCAGUGGUAUACACUGUCCCUAAUUCAGGCCAGACUAUAGGAUCUGUUAAACAGGAGGGCUUGGAGAGGAGCCUGGUAUUUUCUCAGUUGAUGCCUGUCAAUCAGAAUGCACAAAUAAAUGCAAACCUGUCUUCUGAAAAUAUCUCGGGGAGUGGCCUCCAUCCCCUGGCCUCCUCAUUAGUUAAUGUAUCCCCAACUCACAAUUUUUCCCUGACUCCCCCUACCUUGCUAAAUCCCACCGAGCUAAACCCUGACAUUGCUGAUAGCCAGCCAAUGUCUGCACCUGUGGCAAGCAAAUCUACUGUGACAUCUGUCAGCAACACUAACUAUGCAACUCUUCAGAACUGCUCCCUUAUUACUGGUCAAGAUCUAUUGUCAGUCCCUAUGACCCAGGGUGCCCUUGGGGAAAUUGUUCCUACACCUGAGGACCAGGUGGGUCACCCCUCCCCAGCAGUACACCAGGAUUUCGUCAGAGAACAUCGUUUAGUUCUGCAAUCAGUAGCUAAUAUAAAAGAGAAUUUCUUAACAAAUUCUGAGGGCAAAGCCACAAGCAACUUAAUGAUGCUGGACUCAAAAUCCAAGUAUGUCCUAGAGGGCAUGGUUGAGACUGUCUGUGAAGACCUGGAAACAGACAAAAAAGAGCUUGCCAAGCUCCAAACCGUCCAAUUGGAUGAAGAUAUGCAAGACUUAUAAACUUGAUUUCUCUCUUCCUCUCUUUACUUUUUUUUUUUUUUUCUUUUUUGGCAUCAGCAGGCAGAUCUUUUCACGAAGCCCUGAGGACAUAAGGCAUUUUCCCAUUUACAGGGAAAACACUAGUUUUGUGAGUAAAUGAAUUCAAGAGACUUUGGAUUGAUCUGCAUGAAGAUCACAGUUAAAUAUACAGGAGUAGAACUGCGUUGCUGCAGCCUUUUUGUUCACAUAUGUUCUCUUUUAAAUAGAUGGAGACAAAGGAACAAGAUGAAAUAUAUCAAGUCAAAGUGUGUCAUUUGGCUGACUUAAUAUAACUCUAAGGUUAAAUGGAACUUGAUAGUUCUUUAAAACUGUGUCCACCUGACAUCGGCAUUAGAAACAGUACGGUUAUUUUUGUUUACUUUCACUCCACGGGCAUUGAUGAGGUUAAGAAGCAUACAUGGUACUCCAUACUAUUCUAAGGGUUUAUUUUUUGAAUAUAUACAUUUCUGUUUCUCAAUAUUUUUGUGAAAGUCUUGGUUUGUCUCUACACAUUUCCAAAUGUGCUUGCUAAUAGUCCAGUGGGGCUGAGAAAGUUUGCAACUCCACUAAAAACUCUGAAACAAACUUCAGUAUGAGUGUAAAUAUAUUAGUCCUAUAAGCAAGGAUUUGAGGAAUUACAGUGAAUUUUAUUUAUGCUGUAUAUGUUUCUCUUCUACUUCAGACACUAUGAACUGAAAAAAUGUUUUCUUACUGUUUAAUUUAUUUUUAUUGUUUGAACAGGAAGUGAACAUAGUUAUUUCCAACAAAGUUUUACUUUUUGUAGGAUUUUAAAAGUAAUGAUUUUUAUCAGGAGUCUAUUAGGGUCAUUAUUAAUAACACUGAAACAGGCAAUCUAACUCCCAAUAUUGGAAUUUUGGUACUUUUUUUCACAUCUUGUUCUUUAUUUAGCAACUCUCUGAUUCAUUUGAAUAUUUUUUCUAUAGAAUUCUAUGUGCCUUUUUACCUUGUGGCCUUUUUAUUAUUCUUACUAAGGUACAGAAGUGUCAACAGAAGCACUGAUGGCUCUUUCUAUCCAACAGGGUUAUUUUCACCACAAAGUUGCUUUAAAUCUGAAGAACUUAAGUUUCACUUAUGUGAUUAUGUAUGUUUAUGAUGCAAAUUGAUGAACAACUAAUUAUUGUUGAUGCUUUUCAUUACAAUGAAAUACCAAUCAUAGAUUACCAUGUAAAAUGAAUUCUGUAGACUAUAAAAACCAUUUUAAACUAAACAAAGAAUACCUAAGUUCUCUUGAGCAAAACUCUGUCCUGGUGAAACUUAGUUCUACGUGUUUUGAAUCAGUUGUUACAUUAUGACAUACAACUAUUAUUUGCACUAUGUUAUCAUGUCUUGUUCAAAGGUCAAUCUUUUGGGGUUUCUUUAAGAAGCUUGCUUGAUCAUGUUGUGAGCUGUGGUUAUAGGUUUUAUCAGGACUGAACACAAGAUGGAAUGAUGCAAAUUUGUGUAGUGAGUAAAGUCUCUGGUGUGUGCAAAGCAAGAAAUGUGAGAAAAUGAUCUCUUCAGAGAUGACUUAAAGUUGUUGAACAUAAAAGAUAUUACCAAUCUUGCUGUCUUCAAGAUCAGAAUGAAGAGCGUACUCUUGAUCUCUACGUGCCCAUCUGCUGAGCAUGUGGCAUAAGGGCCGUAGAUUACUUACCCUUGGUUGUUACUGCAAAUGGAACUUGCAGGCAUAGAUGAAGAGCCCUAUCCAAUUGUUUCAUUAGAGAACUCAGAUCCCACCUUCUUCAUGGAAUUAGUGAAUGUUCUUAAACUGCUGAAACUACAGUUGUCUUUUUUUUUUUUUUUUACAAAGUCAGGUGUUUUCGAGUUCUCUUCCACUCCAUCACUACUUAUACAGCUUGUUUUUUUCUUUAAGUGUGUGCUGAUCAUGUUACUGAGAUUAAUUAUAUGGGUCUGUAGUGUAGUUUACAUGAAAAUGAUGUUUUUCCACUUGAUGGCUGCAGAUAUUCAGAAUUUUUUGUUCAUUAUUUUAAAAUACCCAUCUAAUCAGGGAGAUGGGAAGGUUUAAAAAGUUAUAUAUAUUUUAUAUAUAACUGGAAAAGUUUCAUAUGUCUUCCAAAAAUAUAAUAAGCCUCUGUUUAUUCACAGUUCUUCCUCUUUUU